AUGGCACUUUGUCACAAAGGGUUCAGUUCAGUUCAAUGGGGCAAAAUACCUUUCUGUGAAAAAAGGGUUAUAUUCGUUGGUGACGAGGAGUCCUGUUUUAUAUGCAUUUAUUUUUUUAUUCUUAUAUUUUAUAGACUGUUAUGGGUGAUCGUCACAACGGUGGCUGUGUGGGGUGUGGUCGACAUUUCUCUUGGACAGUGGCAGCGGUACAAUGAUAACCCAACAGUGGUCACGUUGGAGAAGGAUUUCAGGACUUGGAGAUACAAUUUGCCAGCCGUGACGGCUUGCGAAAAGGAUCGAGUGAACGCAGAAAAAUUACCAACCGCUAUAAAGUCGCGAUGGAACGUGAAUCCUGGCCAAGAAAAGUAUGAAUACUAUAAAAAAUUCGUUCAAAUGGUCGCCAAUUCUAAUCUCUACAACUUGACUGGUUACGAAGAAUUCAAGGAUGAUCCAAAUCUGAAGGUGGAUCUGACUGAACUGGUCGUUGAAGUGAUGCCGGAGCACAAUCACAUCAAAAUUGGUUCAUCAGAACCAUUACUUGCGAAGUGGAAACCGGUGAUGACUGAAGUUGGCGCUUGUUACACAAUCAACUCCAUCGCUGUUUUGGAUGUAUCUGUAACAAAAUCCGAUUGGAACGAAACACGUAUACCCAUGUCAUGCAAGUAUUCAACGCAAAGCUGUUAUUGGAUAUUGGAAUGCAAUAAUUUUAUUGAUUAUUACAUCCACUCGCCAUACGAUGUCGCAAACAUAAUGUUACCACCGUCCUCCACAUACCCGUCACUCAACCGGUUCUCGGAGCUGACGACCAUGGAGACCCAAGCGGGGCCGGGAGUCAGAGAACUAUCGCCACGUACAAGACACUGCCUUUACACCAGUGAACCAACGAGGGAAUCUAGAAGGGUGUACAGCACCAACAUAUGCCGUCAAGACUGCAGAGGUCGAUUGGCGUUGAAACUGUGCGGCUGCCAGCCCUUCUAUUAUUUCUACGAUGACGGUCCCGCCUGUACACCAGCGGGGAUGUGGUGCCUGGCUAAACACUUCCAUCGUCUCGCUACCUUCGACAGCGUUAAAUGUAUUUGCAACCAGCAGUGCCUUGACUCUGUCUUCAGGGAAGUCUCCAAGGAGGAACAGAUUUGGGACAGGGGCCCGUUCCAGUCUCGUGGUGCGAUGCGGCUGACGGUUCGGCCACCACGAGCGCGAUACUCGCGGUACAUCGUGUUUCAUCUACAGGACCUAAUUGUGUCGUUCGGCGGUGCCGCUGGUCUGUUCCUCGGAGCCAGCUUCAUCAGCUUCGUGGAGAUAACCUACUUCAUACUGGAAGGGAUUUUACGAUACAGACGUGACGACACGAAGGUGUUGGAAGAAGACUCUACUUCAAGGUUCCCGAAUCAUGUAGAAGAUACAGAGUGA